AUGGCUACAGAACAACCUACGGAGUCUACUGUUCCCCAAAAUAUUCAGUCUCUAUUUGAAAUGGCUAAAGAGAGUAAAACAAAAUUUGACUUUAAAAAUGCGCUUCCUUCCUAUAUGGAAUCUCUACAUAAAAUUGAAAUAAUACCCAAUUCCUCUGCUGAUGUUGAACGACUUAAGUGUAAUAUUUACAUAGACAUUAGUGAUAUUUACAGACGUGAACGCAUUUGGACAAAAGCCUACGAAUUUUGCAACCUAGCGCAACAGGUAGCAAAUGAACUACAAGACCAGGUCUGCAUCGCUAAUUGCUGGGAUAGACAAGGAAGUAUCAAAAGAUUACAAGGCGAUUUAAAUGGAGCAUUACACGAUUUUCAUAAAGCUUUAGAAAUAAAGUUAACUUCUCUAGGAGAGAAAAAUCUAAAUAUCAGUGAUUCGUAUAAUAACAUCGGACUAGUUAAGUGGAAACAAGGAGAAAAUUAUGAAGCUCUCGCUAUGUAUGACAAAUCACUCGAAAUCAAGCUAUCAAUACUUGAUGAUAAUCAUCCUGACAUUUCUCGGGUAUACCAUAAUAAGGGGCUUAUCUAUGAGCAACAAGGCAAGUAUAAUGAUGCUCUUUCCAUGUAUCAGAAGUCAUUCGAAAUUGAAUCCCAUCAUUUAGGUGAUAAUCAUGCCAUAGUUGACGAGUCAUAUAACAAUAUUGGAAAUAUCUACUUACGUCAAGGCAAAUAUGAUAAGGCUCUUGCUAUAUUUAAAAAAUGUCUUGAAGCUCGACUAUUAGUCUUUGGAGAAAAUCGCUCGUCUGUUGCAGCAUCUUAUCUUAGCAUGGGUGUAGCAUACAAGAAGAAAGGAAGACUUAAUGAUUGCCUCUCCCAGUAUCUUAAAUCACUUAAAAUUUACUUAUCAAUUCUGGCCAACGAUCAUCCUGACCUUUCGCCGAUAUAUCAUGAUAUUGGAAAUGUUUACGAUUCAUUGGGUAAAUAUGAUGAUGCUUUAACAAUGCAUAACAAAUCGCUCAAAAUUCAAUUAUCGGUCUAUAGUGAAAAUCAUCAAUAUGUUGCUAAUAAUUAUGAAGACUUGGGAGUUGUCUAUGAACAUCAAGGACAAUACGACAAAUCUCUAUCUAUGCAUGAAAAGUCCCUUAAAAUACGAUUAGCACAACUAGAUGAAAAUCAUCCUAGUAUCGCUGCAUCCUAUAAAAAUAUAGCAAAUAUUUAUGAUCAUCAAAACAGGUGCGAUGAAGCUCUUUCAAUGUAUCAAAAAUCACUUAAAAUUUUAUUAUUAGUCUUAGGCGAUACUCAUCCCGAUAUUUCACAGCUAUAUCAAGACAUGGGGAAUUCGUAUUACAAACAAUUAAAGUAUAAUCAGGCCCUUACUAAAUAUAAUGAAGCACUAAAUAUUUUGCAUAAAACUUUUGGAGAAAAUCAUUCUAGUAUUGCUGAUAUAUAUGAAAAACUAGCAGGAUGUAACAAUCAUUUACAUCACUUUGACGAUGCUAUUGCCAUGCAACAAAAAUCAGAAACUAUUCGCAAUUGUUUACCUCAAGAAAUGAAUAUCUCUGAGUCAUUAACUAAUCAAUCAGGAAAAAUACAAGAAGAAGUAAAUAAAAGGAAAAGCCGAGGACAAGAUCACCAUAAGCCACAAUUUCUAAAUAAUCAAUCACAAUUGCGGUCAAGUGACAGCGAAAACCACAGCAACGAACAAGAUUGGGCCAAUAAUCGAGUUACUGAUAUUCAAGAAAAGCGAUAUUUUCGUGGAUAUAUCAAAGCUUUAGACCGAGGGAGCUGCUUUAAUAAUUUAGUAAGAGCUAUGUUUACUGGCCCACGAAAUGUUGGUAAAUCAUCUAUCAUGAGGGCGUUUACUCGACAAGUACUUAAACCAAAUCAACCUCCUACGGAGAUUGUCCAUCAAUCUGAAACAGUAAUCGAAAUAGCAUAUAAUUUACAAAAUCUUCAGCUUGAUGAUUUACGCCAAAUUUGGAGAGUUAAUAUAAAUUCCAUUAUGCAAACAUUCAACAAUGAUAGCACGACUCAAGUAUCAGCUGGUUCAGUUUAUCGCCAAACUAUAGCUGACACUGGAUCUAUCGAUUUCACAUAUGAAACUGAUAAACAAGAUCCCAUUGCUUCAAAAGAUUUAGAGACAAUGAAUUCUAAAUCAAGCAUGCAACAAUUACGAGAUGUCUUCCAAUAUUAUUUUUCUCUGCCACCAAUGAAAAAGAAUUACUUGGACUACGAUAGCCAAUAUGCUAAAAUAUGGGAUUUCGGCGGUCAUGAAAUUUACCAUAUUACUCAUCGUCUAUUCAUGUCCGAAAACAGUAUAUAUAUUCUUGUAUUCAAUAUUGCCCUUGAUAUUUAUGACAAAGUACGGACGCGAGAUGGUCAAUUACUGAACACAACUUAUUUACACGCCAUGCAAGAAUGGUUGACGUCUAUCAUCGGUAGUCAUAGAGAUGGUGGUGAGAUUACAGCGAAUAUUGACAAUGAUAAUGUUAAGUAUUCGUUGCCCAUCGUUAUCUUAGUCGCAUCGCAUGGCGAUUUAAUAUUAAAAGAAGAAGAACGUAUCCGUCGAUUUAAUCAAUUUGAGCGUGAAAUAAGAUCGCAUAUGCCAAUCUAUAAAAACAAUAUCUAUUCUUCAGGUAUCGUUUUUAACUGUAAUGCUGAAGACAAUAGCCUACCAACCAAGAUUAAUCGGACGUAUUGCAGUUUUCGUCUGCAUCACAUAAUUAAAAAAUUUGCGCAAUCGUUACCAUUCAUGAAGAGUUCUAUUCCUAUACGUUGGAUCAUUAUGGCAACAAUAUUACGUGUAGCCUCCUUCAGCCAUGACAAUCCAUCAACUUCCUCAAAAAUCAAUCAAAUUCGGACUGAUAGCAUUAGUAAUAUCAUGACCAUACAAGAAGUAAUUAAUUUGGCUCAGAAGUACUGCUUAUAUGAGAAUGAAGAAGAGUUAAUCGAUAUGCUGACUUAUUUACAUGAUUUAGGAGAAAUUAUAUUUUGCAAGAAAGCGGGUUAUGGAGGAAUCGUUGUAACAAAUGUUGAUUGGUUAUUAAAAAUAUUUCGUAGCCUUAUCCAGUGCCAUGAAUGUCCUUCUGGUAGCUCGUCUAUAAUAUCUGAGUAUGAAAAGGCUAGCCAAACAGGGAAGUUAUCAAGAUCUUACAUUGAUUAUGUUCUUCAAAAAUUAGAUGAAGAUGCAAAGAAGAAUAUACUGAAAUUAAUGGAGACUUAUGAUAUAGUAUGCCAGAUUAAAAAUGAUAAUGACGAAGAUGAAAGUAAAUAUUUUGCCCCAUACUUGCUACGCUCCGAUGUUGAUCCAUUUAAUUUAACAGGAUAUCUUUUAUCAGAUUGGUUCUAUAUCGGAUAUGAGAACAAGGACAUUCCUUAUAUCCCAGAUGGAAUCUAUUAUUGUUUAUUGUCAGCCUGCAUGAAGGAAUGGAAUAAUACUAAAGUAGAACUGUAUCAUCAUUGCGCAAAGUAUUAUCUAGCAAACGAUGGUCAUUACGUUAUUGUCAAAAAAGAAGGCUCUUACAUCGGUUUACAAUAUUGCUAUCAAAAAGUAAGAGAAUCUGAAAUUGAAGAUAAAAUCAUGGACAAAGUUUUUAAUUCUUUACAUAGUAAACGUCUCCAUGCCAUCAUUAGGGCUAAAUUAGUAUCGAUAAUAGAAGAAAGAAUGCCAAAGUUUAAAAAUAAAAAUUGUCAAUUCUAUGUUCAAUGCAGCUACUGUAAUAAAUUAACUAGUGUAAAAUGUAAAAUCAAUGUACAAAUCCAAAAUUGGAUUCAAUGUCAGAACUGCCAUAAUUAUUUCGAAAGCAACUCGAUUAGCGAUUGGAUACCAUACGAUAAGAAAUUGUGGAAAGAUCGGUGGUACGGUAAGCUUCGAAUGUCGGAUACUCAAACAAGCAACAACAAUAACGAAAUUUCGCGUCCACAGCUGUGUCAUGCCUUAAACUAUUAUAAUGAAGAUUUCAUUCGCAUUAUACCUACUGAUGAAAUACUACUCAAAUUAAAAGCAAAGCAUAUUUUAAGUGAAAGAGAAGUAACAGAUAUAAGAAGGCUUCCACAUGAAGAGCAAAAAGCAGAUCGACUUUUCAAUAUCUUACAAAAUCGUGCUGAUGGGAAUGAUUUCCUAGAAUUUUGUGAUGUAUUAAAUAAUAAUACUAUUCAAAGAGUUCAAAAGCUAGGAAGGCAAUUAGAAGUUAAAGCUAGAAAUUUCACUAAUGAUUCGUAA